AUGGGUAAACAAUUUGGUUUUGCUAGGUUAAUUGAAGUAGAUGAUGCUAGAAUGAUGGCCGUUCGUUUGAAUAAUGUUCAUAUCAUGGGUAAGAAGAUUCAUGUCAACGUGCCUAGAUUUGAGAGGACAAGCUUUAUUGCUGAUUCGCGUGAAGGCAGGGUUGGAGCUCUGAGUAAGGAGAAGAAUUUAUGGCAAUAUGUGGGCUUUAGAGGUCAUGAAAGCACUCAUACUCGUUGGGGGCGUAGAACAUUCGCUGAUGUGUUAGUUAAUAAUUCACAGAAGCAUAUCAGUAAGGUGAAGUUGAGUUUUUCUUUCGUUUCGAAGGAGGAGGACAGGAAAAGACUAGAAAAAGCAUUCAUUAGGAAGUCGACCAUUCUGGGAUCUACGUAUAACAUUCAGACUUUCUUCGAGAUGAAAGGUAUGUUUGGAAUCAAUGUUAUUCCGUUGGGUGUGAAUCUAUGUUUAUUACAAGAAAAGGAGGACAUAGUGUUUGAUGCUUUGUUCAAGGAGGAGGAUAAUUGGUGGAAAAGUUGGUUCUCGGUGAUAAGGAAGUGGAGUGAGGGUGAGUUAGACGACACGAGAUUGAUGUGGAUUCAGGUGUAUGGUAUUCCAGCUCAUGGUUGGCAUGCCGAUUUCUUUGUGAAGUUGGCCAAUUCUCUUAGUGUCUUUGUUUGUAUAGAUGAGAUCACAGCUCCUGGUUCUAAUUUAGAAGUGGCUCGAAUUCAAUUGAAAGUUCCACUGGCGUUCAAACUUGUGGAGUGCAUCAAUGUGGAGAUUGACGGCAAGUGCUUUGACUUAACGCUUAAGGAAGAUUUCACAGGAUUGUUUCGGGUUGUUACAAGUAACUCUUUUUCUCAAAUUACUGGCUCAGGAUCUUCGAAUUCUGAAGAUGGUUGGUCGUCUGAUUAUUUUGAGGAGCAUGAUGCUUCUGAAAGAAAUGAAAUGAUAGAUAGUAUAGAGGAGUUUUCGCCUCAAGUCGAGUCUGCUGGUUUGGGGUCCAAAAUUAGUGGGCAGGAAGGUGCCAGUGGGAAAGAGGAGUUAUAG